AUGUUCAGGUCGAGUCAAGUCGCUUCUGCUGCCGCAAGGGCACCAUUCCAGUCGACUAAACGAUAUGCAAACGCCUACCUUUCCAUCAAGAACCUGCAGCUGUCAAAACAGGGUCUUCACAGAGCUCAAACCUAUUCAACUGCUGCCGGUACAUCCAUUCAAACAUUCCAUGUACAGCCUCUGGCUAACUCUCGACGUCGCGGCAUGGAUGAAUCUUUUAUUGGCAAAUCGGGCGGGGAGAUCUUUCAUGAUAUGAUGGCCAGGCACAACGUGAAGCACAUAUUUGGGUAUCCUGGCGGAUGUAUCCUCCCUGUAUUUGAUGCGAUUUAUAAGUCAAAACACUUCGAAUUCGUUCUCCCGAGGCAUGAACAAGGCGCUGGGCAUAUGGCAGAAGGUUACGCAAGAGCAUCAGGGAGACCUGGUGUUGUUCUCGUCACUUCGGGCCCUGGUGCCACAAACUUGGUGACGCCGAUGGCUGAUGCGCUCGCUGAUGGCGUACCAAUGGUGGUGUUCACUGGUCAAGUGCCGACUACAUCUCUUGGCAGUGAUGCCUUUCAGGAAGCCGACGUUGUUGGAAUAUCUCAGGGGUGCACCAAAUGGAACGUGAUGGUGAAAAGUGUCGCUGAACUACCGCGGAGGAUAAACGAGGCAUUUGAAAUAGCCACAAGUGGCAGACCGGGACCGGUUCUGGUCGAUCUACCGAAAGACGUAACGGCCGGCAUACUUCGGAGGGCUAUUCCGACCGAGACGUCACUGCCGAGUAAAACGAGUACUGCGGUUCGGGCGGUUGAAGAGUUUCACCAACAACAACGAGAUACCACGAUUGGGAGGGUAGCCGAUUUGGUCAACAUAGCUGAACGUCCCAUUAUAUUCGCUGGUCACGGCAUAGUCUCUUCCGAAGGAGGGCCUGAACUACUCAAAGCACUAGCAGACAAGUCCUCGAUCCCUGUUACUACAUCACUCCAUGGUCUAGGGGCUUUCGAUGAGCUGGACAAGAAGUCGUUGCACAUGGUUGGCAUGCACGGGGCAGCAUAUGCGAACAUGGCUAUUCAGCAUGCAGAUUUAAUCAUUGCUCUAGGAGCUAGAUUUGAUGAACGGGUGACGCUCAAUGUCUCAAAAUUUGCGCCCGGUGCAAAAGCUGCUGCGGAAGCUGGUCGCGGCGGCAUCGUUCAUUUUGAGAUCAUGCCCAAAAAUAUAAACAAGGUUGUGGAAACAGUCGAAUCUGUCGAAGGUGAUGUGGCUGCAAAUUUACGAAAGCUUGUACCACUGGUGCGUUCAAAGUCAAUGUCUGACCGUUCACAGUGGUUUGAUGAGCUUAGUGAGUGGAAACGGAAGUGGCCACUCUCAAAUCAUGAAAGGACGGAUAGCGAAUCCGGCUCAAUUAAACCGCAAACCUUGAUAGAGCAGCUGAACAAGCUUACUGAAGACCGAAAGGAGCGGACAUAUAUCACAACUGGCGUCGGCCAACAUCAAAUGUGGACGGCGCAGCACUACCGCUGGCGAUACCCACGCACGAUGAUAUCUUCAGGCGGUUUGGGCACAAUGGGCUUUGGUCUCCCGGCUGCGAUCGGGGUCAAGGUUGCUAAGCCCGAAUGCCUUGUCAUUGACAUUGAUGGAGAUGCUUCCUUCUGUAUGACUUUAUCCGAGCUUGGCACAGCGUCGCAAUUUGACAUUGGAGUCAAGGUGAUUGUGCUUAACAACGAGGAGCAAGGCAUGGUGACGCAAUGGCAAAAUCUCUUCUAUGAGGACCGGUAUUCUCACACACACCAAACAAACCCCGACUUCAUGAUGCUGGCAGAUUCCAUGGGGGUACAACACAGGCGAGCGACGAAAGCUAACGAGCUUGUUGACUCUCUAAGGUGGUUGAUCGACUCGCAUGGCCCGGCUCUUCUUGAAGUGGUUACCGAGAAGAAAGUCCCUGUUUUGCCGAUGGUGCCUUCGGGCUCGGCGCUGCACGAGUUCAUUACAUGGGACAGUGGGAAAGACAAGAAGAGGCGCGACUUGAUGCGUAAACGGACGGGUGGUCGCCACGGUUAG